GAGCUGCGCACACGCGUGCCAACGCUCCCAUUGCCUCAGUCGACGUCAGACCGCCGCACGGAAGGGACGUGUCGAUCCGUAUUUACAUUCUGAAUAACUUCAAACAAAAUAAAAACUAAAUGGAACGACACUGGUGAUUUAAGUGUUGUGCUUGUGUGUGACGUGUCUGUGUGUGUUGUGGUAUUUUUUUUUAUUGAAUUUAAAAUAAAAAUAAUUGACAGUUUAAAAUGCAGGGCCGCGACAAACUAUGCGCGAAGCUCUCCAGCGCAUUCCUCAGAAAGUGGUGGUUCGUGCUGGCUUCCGCAGUAGUGCUUCUAUUGUUGGGCAUAAUAUGUGCAAUAUUCUUCUCAUCCUGGGUCAAGCUAUUCAUUGAUCAUGAGCUGGUACUCCGCCCAGGCUCGAUGACUUUCGAGUGGUGGGCGCGACCGCCGGUGCGGCCGUUCGUCAAUGUCUACGUCUACAACGUGACUAACGCAGAUGAGUUUCUCAACAACGGCUCCAAGCCAAUACUCGAUGAGCUCGGACCAUAUGUCUAUUCGGAGGAGUGGGAGAAGGUGAACAUAACCGACAACGAGAAUGGGACGCUCUCCUUCCACUACCGGCGCACUUACACCUUCCAGCCAGAUAUGAGUGCUGGACCGGACGAUGACGUCGUUGUCGUCCCAAACAUACCCAUGCUGAGCGCCACAUCCCAGUCCAAACACGCAGCGCGAUUCCUUCGUCUCGCCAUGGCAUCUAUCAUGGAUAUUCUGAAGAUCAAGCCCUUCGUUGCCGUGUCUGUUGGUCAGCUACUCUGGGGCUACGAGGAUCCUCUGCUUAAACUCGCCAAGGAUGUCGUGCCCAAAGAACAGAAGCUGCCUUAUGAAGAAUUCGGACUCUUCUAUGGGAAAAACGGCACCUCCCCUGACAUAGUGACUAUGUUCUCCGGCGCGAAGGAUAUGGCGCACUAUGGCAUCUUCGACAGGUAUAAUAUGCGAGAGCGUCUUCCUCACUGGACGACAGACGAAUGCAACAGCAUCGCCGGAUCAGACGGCUCCAUCUUUCCGCCGCACAUCACCAAGAAUGACACCCUCAUGGUUUACGAUAAAGAUCUCUGCAGACUUUUACCACUAAGGUUCCUUGAAGAAGUGGAAUCUAAAGCCGGUGUGCAAGGGUACCGGUUCACUCCGCCAGAGGACGUGUUCGCGGCGGACGAACACAAUAAGUGCUUCUGCCCAGCCGGCCCGCCCUGCGCACCGCACGGCCUGUUCAACGUCUCCCUUUGCCAGUAUGAUUCCCCAAUAAUGCUGUCUUUCCCUCACUUUUACUUGGCGGACGAGAGCCUGCGGGCCGCGGUGGAGGGCAUCUCGCCACCCAUACCUGAGAAACAUAGACUCUACAUCGAUGUACAACCGGAGAUGGGUAUAGCGAUGCGAGCGCGCGCACGCAUACAGAUCAACUUGGCGGUGUCGCAGGUCGUCGAUAUCAAGCAAGUCGCCAACUUCCCAGAUAUCGUCUUCCCCAUACUGUGGUUCGAGGAGGGCAUCAACGAGCUGCCGGAGCAGGUGUCGUCGCUGCUGCGGCUGGCGACGCGCGUGCCGCCGGUGGCGCGCUCGGCGCUGGGCUGGGGGCUCUCCGCGCUCGGCCUGCUGCUCAUACUGCUCGCCGUCACCUGCCUCAUCCGGUCAUCACACCGGCAGAGCACGCUGAGGCUGGAGGGUCACGCGGUGGCGAAGGCGCCGCCCGCCAAAGCCCCCGGCAAAGAGAACGGCUACGAACUCAACAACAGAAGAUAACCUGUAAAGUUUUAUUAUAAUUUAAUGACAAUAUAUUUUUUCAUACAAAAUGUCUUGAGACUGACGAUGAAGAGUUUUAGACAGUCUUACUUCUUAUUCAUCAAAGACAUAGCCGAACCAUAGAGAAUAUUUUUGACUCCGAGAUUUGACGUCUUCGAUAGAAUAAUUUAUUUCUAAAAUUCUGAUGUAAUUUCCAUUUUAAUAUAUUUUAAUUAAAUGAAAAUUAUCAACUCCCUAGUAAUUUGUCCUUUGACAAAUAAACUGUUAACCCUAUUGAUAAUGAAUAUUAAUUCAGUUUGUCUAAAACCGGUUAUAUCGUAGUUAAACUGUUUUUGUUAACUAGAAAAGGAAAAUGGCGAAUAUACUCCAUAAAAAAACUUUUAAUUGUACUUUAUAGAUAAAUCUUGUUAAAUUUUAUUUUAUAGUUGAAAUGUCAAAAUGACAUUUUGAUUGUCACUUUGACAUAUUCACACAGAGUAGUUUUUUUAUACCAAUAUGUUUUAAUAUCUAUAAAAUCCUAUAAAAUCUAACCGUCGGUGACUAGCAGCUGGGGAAUAGGGUUAAGUAAAUAUUAGCAUUUUUUACUUGUGUAGGUACCACCUUAUUUUUCUAUAAGUUCUUUUCCUUUUAUAUUUUAGUCUUUUACAUCGACGAAUGUGAUAAUGUUAUAAUUCCAUUAUAGUUUUUAUUUUGAACAAAUUUUAGAAUAAAACAAUUUCAAUAUAAUGUAAAAAUUGCAUGUGUGACAUUUUUAAAUUUCAUUAGAAUGACUACACCUUAGCAUGACAUUUAAAUAUGAACCAUAAUUAGUGACAAUAUCACAACUGUAAAUAUUAUAAAUGUAACUUAGACAAAGUGCAGGCAGAUAUAUAAAAUAUUUUUAUAUGGGGCAAAACCAAUCGCCAAACUCGAAUGAUAUGUUUUUGAACGUUUUAAAAACAUAGUUUCUUUUUGUGUCAGCGUUCACCGCAUUUUGCUAUAAUCAAAAGUAUAUGAAACACUCAAUUGGAUCUUUUUAAUUAGGACAAAACGUACGUAAAUAGUCAUAAGUACGCUAACUUGGAUCUAAAUAGCAAUUUUCUUGCGUUACGUGCCGCAUACCGUAAUUGAUAAUUUGACCAUUUUAUAAUUUUAAAAAUAAAUGUGUUAGUUCGAUCAUAUUACCGAUAUCUACUAGUCUAAUGUGGGUCCGUCCUUAUAUUUUUAGGCGUACUAUUAAAUCUUUUACCAUUUUACUGUUUGUAGUCUUAAUCGCGGAUUGGUUAGACUCUAAGUCGUUUGUUGUAAAAAAAUUAUAAUGAUUUGGCUGACAGCCAAAAAUGUUGGUAUGAAAUAAAAUCACAUUUGGUGUUGCCACCAUAAAUCUCAUAAGCCGCACAAAAGACAAUAUUUUUAUACUAGUUAGGAUUAUGUAUAAAUUAACUUGUAUUGACUCCUAUGAUAAAAUCUAUGGCCUCUGUAUUCAUGUUUGACAAAAAUGUUACUAAUAAUAUUUUUGUGUGUUAAUUUGUAUAAAUUUGUAAGUAUGGCAACACUUACAUAUGUAACUAAAAUUAUAAAAUUGUAAUUUAAAAUUACAAAAGUGAAUUUUUAUUUUACAGAUAUCUUAAGUGUUGCCAUUUAUAGAUUGUUUAUUGCUCAAAUUCCGUACUUAUUUUUUUUCAUUAAUUGUUUAAUGUGUGUAAAUGUUAAAAUUAUUCAUUAAUGUAAAUAAAGAAAUAAAGGUGUAA